AACAACAAGCCCUAAAACUAGGUGUGUGUGUUUGGGGGAAAACGUUACCAAUGACUAAAAUACCCCUCUCCUUCUUCUGCUUACUCUUUGUAGCUUUCUUCUUCUCUUCCUCCACCGCCGAUCAACGUUUCCACUCUCGCCACUUACUUCAUCAACCCUUUUUCCCGGUCGUAACCGCCGCUCCACCACCGUAUCAACCACCGGUCUCUUCUCAACCUCCAUCUCCUUCCCCACACACACAUCACCACCACAAGAAACACCUAACGACGCCACCACCACCGCACGAGAAACACCUAUUCUCCUCCGUCGCAAAUCCUCCACCUCCUCCACCGUCUCCGCCGCAUCCAAACCCUUUUUUCCCCUCAUCAGACCCAACCUCCACCGCCUCUCACCCUCCUCCAGCACCACCUCCUCCGGCCUCACUCCCGACUUUUCCCGCCAACAUCUCUUCCCUCCUCUUCCCAACUCACAACAAACCAUCCAAGCCUCCCAGCAACGGCCACAUCGCUAGGCUCGUCACCAUAACCGCCUCAGCCAUCUGCGCCGCUGCUCUCCUCUCUCUAUUCGCCGUCUUCAUCAUCUUCAUCCGCCGAACUCGCCAUCGCCGCCGGUCCUCCCCUGCAGACGACACCAAAUCCACGAGAUCAGACGCUCUUCAGCUCUUCAACGCCUCUCCUUCCGACGGCUCUAAGAAACACAAACAACAUCAACAACCACCGAAGUACACUUCCUCACACACUUCCUCUGAGUUUCUCUAUUUGGGUACUUUAGUAAACUCCAGAAGCGGUGGUUUAGAACAGCAAAAAUCUCCAAUCUCCAUCUCCGGCGGUAUCACCGGCGUAUUGGAAUUACCUCCUCCAGCUUCGUCUUCUUCAUCUUCUUAUUCACAGUACCAUAAGCUAGGCUCGCCGGAGCUUCGUCCUCUUCCCCCUUUACCAAAGCUCCAAUCUUUCACUCCCGUCUACAAAAGCACUGAACAGUUAAACCCUAAAAGACAAUACUUUGACGGAGACGAUAACGAAAACGAUGAGUUUUUCUCUCCGAGAGGAUCUUCAGGGCGUAGACAGGAUGUUGAUCAGAUUGGUGACAGGAGUAUCAACGGCUCAGGCUCGAACUCGUGUUCGCCGACUAAUUCAGUGCCGUCGUUGAAUGCUUCUCCGGGAACAAGUUUGAAACCUAAGUCGAUUAGUCCUCCUGUCUCGCUGCAGAGUCAGAACAGCUCAAACAACGGCGUUGCGAAGCGGCUUUGUCCAGCGAGGCCACCUCCACCACCUCCUCCGCCGCCGCAAUUAUUGGAGAUUCCGGCUACCAUGUCGCAUUCGCCUCCUGGUGGGGAUUCUGAUCCAGAGAAGAAAGUGGAGACCAUGAAACCAAAGUUGAAGACUUUACAUUGGGAUAAAGUUAGAGCAAGCUCGAGCCGUGCUAUGGUGUGGGACCAAAUCAAAUCAAACUCCUUUCAAGUGAAUGAAGAAAUGAUAGAGACAUUGUUCAAGGUGAAUGAUCCAACUUCAAGAACAAGAGAUGGCGUUGUUCAAUCCGCGAAUCAGGAGAAUCGGUUUCUUGAUCCAAGAAAGUCGCACAACAUUGCCAUUUUGCUGAGAGCUCUUAAUGUAACUGCUGAUGAAGUAUGUGAAGCUCUUGUAGAAGGCAACUCAGAUACGCUUGGACCCGAGCUUCUCGAAUGCUUGCUUAAGAUGGCUCCUACCAAAGAAGAAGAGGACAAGCUUAAGGAGCUUAAAGACGAUGAUGAUAAAUCUCCUUCCAAGAUAGGACCUGCAGAGAAAUUCCUCAAAGCAUUGUUGAACAUUCCUCUCGCCUUCAAGAGGAUCGAUGCUAUGCUUUAUAUUGUCAAGUUCGAAUCAGAAACCGAGUACCUUAACAGAUCCUUCGACACCCUCGAGGCUGCUUCUGGUGAGUUAAAGAACACGCGGAUGUUCUUGAAGCUUUUAGAAGCCGUGCUCAAGACCGGGAACCGGAUGAAUAUAGGAACCAAUAGAGGUGAUGCACAUGCUUUCAAGCUCGACACACUCUUAAAACUGGUAGAUAUCAAAGGCGCGGAUGGGAAAACCACCUUAUUGCAUUUCGUGGUUCAAGAGAUCAUAAAAUUUGAAGGAGCUCGGGUUCCUUUUACUCCGACUCAAAGCCAUAUAGGCAAUGACAUGGCUGAGCAAUCCGCAUUCCAAGACGACCUAGAGCUCAAGAAACUGGGGUUGCAAGUAGUUUCAGGUCUCAGCUCUCAGUUGAUUAACGUUAAGAAAGCAGCUGCAAUGGAUUCAAAUUCCCUCAUCAACGAAACAGCGGAAAUCGCCAGCGGAAUAGCGAAAGUCAAGGAAAUAAUCGCGGCGCUAAAGCAAGAAACAGGUGUAGAGAGAUUCUUGGAAUCAAUGAACUCGUUCUUGAACAAAGCUGAGAAAGAGAUCACAGAGAUACAAUCUCAUGGAGACAAUGUGAUGAAGAUGGUUAAAGAAGUAACAGAGUAUUUCCACGGGAACUCGGAAACUCAUCCUUUUCGCAUUUUCGCUGUGGUCAGAGACUUUCUGACGAUUCUUGAUCAAGUGUGUAAAGAAGUUGGCCGCGUAAACGAGAGAACGGUGUAUGGAUCCGUGCCACGACAUUCGCCAUCGAACCAGACCGCCACGCCUCUGUUUCCUGUGGUUAACAAUAACAACUCACGUCUGAGUCCAUCGGGUUCUCUAGACGAGGACGAUGACUCGUUUUAAGUGAAAACUGUUGGCUCGAGUUUGGUUCGGUGUAUGCUAAUGUUUUGGUUUCAUUUGCUACGUACUCAAGAAAAUAUAUAUGUUAUA